UUGAAAGUACAUUGGUGUUUGGUGAGGAAUCGUACGCACAGUCAAGCGGACUGACUCGACGGCGAUGUCUGAAGAGAAAAACGAGUUGUCCUCGGUGCUGUCCCGCAGACAGGCGAUCAACGACGCCCUGGACGGCGGACAGGAAGUGAAGCCUCACUUCCGACCGUCCGGACACUCUGUCUUUGCUGAAUUCCACGAAUUUACCCGCAAGCAGAUCAAACUCUACGAGUCAGAGUUCAAUAAGUAUGAUGUCGGUCAUGACGGUUUCCUCGACCUGGCCGAGCUGAAAAUUAUGAUGGAGCGACUGGGCGCGCCCCAAACUCAUCUCGGUCUGAAAGGGAUGAUCGCUGAAGUGGACGAGGACAAGGACAACAAGAUCAGCUUUAGAGAGUUCCUGCUCAUCUUCCGCAAGGCGGGAGCAGGAGAAUUGGAGGACAACAGCGGCCUCAGCCAGCUUGCCAGACUCACCGAGAUCUCAGUCGAAGAGGUCGGCGUCACCGGCGCGAAAACCUUCUUCGAAGCCAAAAUUGAAGAGCAACGCAAGGCUGGCAAAUUUGAACAAGAGCUGCGAGAAGAGCAGGAGGAGCGUCGGCGUGAAGAAGAAAAUCGGGCCCAGAGGAGACAGGCGUUCAAGCAAACGGCUGCCGUCUUCCAAUAGUCAUUGAGAUUAGCGAGGAGGAACAACUUUUGCCACCAGUCCAUCACACAGCCAUUCCAGAGCUGCAUUUUCUUAUCAAACUUUCCAUUCAUUAUGAGCACAAAUCGUGUGUGAAAUUAUUCCGUAUUUCGAUUCCAAUUGAUGUAUCCAGCAUUUUGUGUUUCGUCUAUGAAAAUGAAGAGCUUAAGCAGUGUGUUUCCUCGCCUGAAAAGUAAUUGUUACCAACCCCAUCAUCCCCACGCGGGAGGCGUGAGAGCCUUUUGUAAAUAUCAAACUUAUAACUUUCCUUCAAAAUUGUGAGAAAUUAAAAAGUGUGACAUAUUUUAACCGUA